GGAAGCCCUAAAAGUUCUUUUUAAAAGAUAACAUGAUGAAAUCACAGUUGCGCUAUGAUUUUUUAAAUAUCUCAGGUGAGUCCUUUUAUAUUAGAAGAAGAAUUUUUAAAAGCACCUGGGAAAGGCACCAUGGACUGGACUCUUCUACUUAUCUUCUUGGCAUAGCCAGUCCUUAACCUGGGAAAACUCAAUAAAUAUUCUAGACUGUCCUGAAAGCCUGCAGUUAAACAUUAGAGUGUGAAGGGACCUUCAUGGUGGUCUAGAGUUAUCCCCUGCUUGUAGCAGAGACGGCUGAGGUGCAGAGAGGGGUAAAAAACCCACCUCUGGUCUUUAAGGGAGGUGAUGGCCAGGCUUGAGGGUCACGUGUACUAGCGGUUAAUCUAUGGCCCAUCAUAGCCUACCAUGGGGCCAUGUAGUCUCCCUCAAACUGUGAAGUGGAACCAGCUCAGCAUUCAUCCCUUAUGUAUGCAUUUAAGGAAAAAGAUGGUGUUUUGCCUAAUUGGCAAAUGAAAGCUUGUGGUUUGACCAUAUUCAACAUGGCACUCGGUUUCUUUUCGUCCCCUGUGCCUUGAAGGACUGAGGGAAUCUUCUAGGUCAAAGUAAGCACUUGGAGACACUUGGCUAAUUGCCACUAAUCCAGGUCCUUUGUUGGGGGGUGUGGAUGUUGUGCUAACAGGCUGCUGAGAGCUACAACCUGGAGCCUGAAGCAGAAUGCCUGGGUUCAAAUCCCAUUUGGGGCCAUUUCUCUGCUGUGUGCUUUGGGCAAGUCAGCAUCCCUGGGCCUCAGUUUCCCCAUCAGCAAAGUGAGGGAAGCUGAACUUAAAUUACAUCCUGGCUCUAGAAUUUUACACUUCUCUGAGUCUGUGAGUUACACUGGCAAACCGUGUGGGGUCCAUUUCCUUAGCAGACGUUGACUAGAGACAUGAGUUUCAGCAGUAGGUUAAGGAAUGAAAUUAUAAAUGAGAAGAACUUGGAAAUUCAGGGCUUCUCACUUUGCCUUGCAGUGGACGUUUUCCUACAUUGGCUUUCCUGUAGAGCUGAACAGAGUCUAUUUCAUUGGGGCCCAUAACAUCCCCAAUGCAAAUAUGAAUGAAGACGGCCCCUCCCUGGCUGUGAACUUCACCUCACCAGGCUGCCUGGACCACAUAAUGAAAUACAAAAAAAAAGUGCAUCGAGGCAGUCUGUGGGAUCCAAACAUCACUGCUUGUAAGAAGAAUGAGACCACGGUAGAAGUGAACUUUACAACCAGUCCCCUUGGAAACAGAUAUAUGGCUCUCAUACAAAAUACCAUUGUAAUUGGGACUUCUUAUGUGUUUCACCUGCACCAGAAGGAACUAACUCGAACUUCCGUGGUGGUUCAAGGGACUGGGGAAAGUGAAGGUGCUGUGGUCCAGGUAAAGCUAAACGAGAUGCUCUGGGGAGGGGAGGAGAGGGGAAGGGCACUGAAGACCCAUUGCAGAAGUGUGCUGGGUGGAUGGCUGCCUCUCCUCCUCUCGGCUCUGCUGGUGGCCACGUGGGUGCUGGCGGUUGGGAUCUAUCUGACCUGGAGGCAUGAAAGGAUCAAGAAGACUUCCUUCUCUACUACCACACUACUGCCCCCCAUUAAGGUUCUUGUGGUUUACCCAUCUGAAAUAUGUUUCCAUCACACAGUUUGCUACUUCACUGAAUUUAUUUAAAACCACUGCAGAAGUGAAGUCAUCCUUGAAAAAUGGCAGAAAAAGAAAAUAGCCGAGACAGGUCCCGUGCAGUGGCUUACCACUCAGAAGAGCGCCACGGAUAAGGUCAUUUUCCUUCUUUCCAAUGAUAACACCAUGUGUGAUGGUACCUGUGGCAAGAGGGGGGGCAGCCGCUGUCAGAACUCCCAAGACCUGUUCCCCAUCGCCUUGAACCUCUUCCGCAGCGAUCUGAGAAGCCAGACUCAUCUGCACAAAUACGUGGUAGUCUAUUUCAGAGAGGAUACCAAAGACAACGACACUGGGCUCAGUGUCUGCCCCACAUACCGCCUCAUGAAGGAUGCUACAGCUUUCUGAGAGCUUCUCCAUGCCAAACAACGUGUGUCGACGGGGAGAAGGGUGCACGCCUGCCACUACAGCUGCUCCUCCCCAUAG